UUGGUCGCAAGUUUUGAAAAAGAAGCUAGAAGGUGAUACAUUGCCGCCAAAAAUCGUAGCCGUGGAUUUGCAAGCGAUGGCACCUCUCGAAGGUGUCAUUCAAAUCCAAGGGGACAUAACAAAAUUAUCGACGGCCGAACAAAUUAUUUCUCAUUUUGAGGGAGAGCUUGCAGAUCUUGUUGUUUGUGAUGGAGCGCCCGACGUGACGGGUCUUCAUGAUAUGGAUGAAUAUAUUCAAGCGCAACUAUUGUUGUCGGCGUUAAAUAUCACGACAAAUAUCUUGCGUCCCGGCGGAACUUUUGUCGCAAAAAUUUUCCGUGGAAAAGACGUUACCCUACUAUAUGCCCAACUGAAAAUAUUUUUUCCCAAUGUCACUUGCAGUAAACCUAAAAGUUCAAGGAAUUCUAGUAUUGAGGCAUUCGUCGUAUGCCAGAAUUAUGCACCACCGAAAGGUUAUGUUCCAACGAUGAUAAACCCUUUGCUUGACUUAUCCUAUGGUUCCGACAAUGAAUUUUCAAGUCCGAAUCGCAUGAUAGUUCCAUUCAUCGCUUGCGGCGAUUUAAGCGGAUAUGAUUCCGAUAUGACUUAUCCACUUGAGAAAAAAAGCUUAGAUCCAUUACAACCUCCGAUAAGUGCACCGUAUCGUACAGCCAUCUCUUUGAAACAAAAAAAUUUUUACAACAAGGUUUCAUAA